GGGUUGUUUGUAGUGAAUAUCAUGCAACUUCAUAUAGUCAACUUGCGAUGAUGAAAGUAUAACCAUUUAUUCUUUUAUAUAUAUAUAUUGAGAGAGUAACAUUUCCACAAGAAACAAUCACAAAUAUUCCUCCUCCAAAACAAUUCCUUAAAUUUACCAAAACUCAUGGAUCUGUUGCAGAUCUUGUGCCUUUUUCCUUUAUUGUUAUAUUCAAUUUUUUGUGUUUCAAAGUUGAUUCAUAAACGUAGAGGACAAUCAUGUUACAUGUUAGCUUAUGAGUGUUUCAAACCACACGAAGAAACAAAACUGAACACAGAUUCAUGUGCAAAAAUAGUUAUGAGAAACAAAAACCUUGGUAUAGAGGAAUUCAGGUUCCUCUUAAAAACCAUGGUUAGUUCAGGAAUCGGUGAGAACACUUACUGUCCAAGAAAUGUUCUUGAAGGAAGAGAAUCAUGUCCAACUCUGAAAGACACAAACGAAGAAAUAGAUGAAAUCAUGUUCGAAACACUCGACAACCUUUUCAAAAAAACAUGUUUUUCACCUUCUGAAAUAGACAUUCUUGUUGUCAAUGUUUCAUUGUUUUCACCAGCACCUUCUUUAACAGCUAGAAUAAUAAACAGAUACAAAAUGAGACAUGACAUUAAAGUUUUCAACCUUGCAGGAAUGGGGUGUAGUGCAAGUGUUGUAGCUAUUGAUCUUGUUCAACAGCUUUUCAAAACUUACAAAAACUCUGUUGGAAUUGUUGUUAGUACAGAAAAUCUUGGUUCACAUUGGUACUGUGGAAAAGACAAAAAAAUGAUGCUUUCUAAUUGUUUGUUUCGUUCAGGUGGUUGUUCCAUGCUUUUCACAAACAAAACAGAACUGAAAAAAUCAGCAAUCUUGAAAUUGAAACAUAUGGAGAGAACACAGUUUGGUGCUGAUGAUGAAGCUUAUAAUUGUUGCAUACAAGUUGAAGAUGAAGAAGGUUAUGCAGGUUUUAGACUAACCAAGAGUCUUGUUAAGUCUGCUGGAAAAGCUUUAACACUGAAUCUACAGAGUAUGGCCCCAAAGAUUCUACCUUUAUGGGAACUGGUAAGGUUUUUCGGUCUUUCAUUAAGAAAAGGUAUGAAAAAAUUUGAACUUGUAAACUUUUUUACUGUGUUUUUUAACAUGGUAAAAAACAGUGGAUUGAAUGUGUUAGGAGGAGGAAUAAAUUUGAAUUUGAAAUCAGGAAUUGAACAUUUUUGUGUUCAUCCUGGUGGUAGAGCGGUUAUUGAUGGUGUUGGUAAAGGUUUAAGGUUGAAUGAUUAUGAUCUUGAACCUUCUAGAAUGGCUCUUCAUCGUUGGGGUAAUACUUCUGCUGGUGGACUUUGGUAUGUUUUAGGUUACAUGGAAGCAAAGAAGAGGUUGAAAAAAGGUGAUAGGAUUUUGAUGAUUAGUCUUGGAGCAGGUUUUAAGUGUAAUAAUUGUGUUUGGGAAGUUAUGAAGGAUUUGGAUGAUACUAAUGUUUGGAAAGAUUGUAUUGAUAGUUAUCCUCCAUCUUCAUUAAGUAAUCCUUUUAAGGAAAAAUAUAAUUGGAUUAAUGAUGAAGAUCUUAGCUUUGUCAGGUUGGAUUUUAGUUCCAUGAAGAUUUAAUUUCAUUUAUACACCAAUUCUUAUGAUAUACUAGCUUUGGUUAUUAAUUACAAAUUUAUUAUUAUGUAAGGAGAGAAACAAAAAAGAAUUCAUAAACUCAAAUUACAUAUACAACAAGUUUAGGGAAGUUGUGUCAUGUUUGCAAUAUUUGUUCUUGUGUCCAAUGUGCUCUUGUAGAUCAACUUCAUUUGUUUUGAGGUAAAACUUCAAAAUUAUGUGUAUUAUUGUUCUAUUGAUCAAAUAAAUUUCAUGUCAUUAAUAUGUGUAUC